AUGAUCUUCUCAUCGAAACUCGUACUCCUGAGUCCCUCAGAUCAUCUUCCUUUAAUCAUUACUUCAUCGUCUUUGUAUGGAACUGCUCCGAAACUUUUCACCUUAAGAUUCAAAAUGUAUUCUUAUCUGAACGAAAAAGACGACUCGACCACCGUAAACUUCAGUGCAUAUGGGAGGUUUUUGCCAGGAAGAGGAAGUCAGCUCCUAACAGUUGGUGCUAAGCAUCUUCGGUUAUUUCGUACUAAUCCUUAUACCCUGAUACCUCCAAGAGACGCAUCUGAAGAGUGGAAGCAGAAAACAAAACUGGAAUGCGUGUAUAGCUGCCGAUUUAUGUCACCAAUUCAGUCAUUUGCAAAGGCUAAGCUUCCAGGUUAUCCAAGCUGCGAAGCACUGCUUCUUGCUUUUGAAGGGUGUAAUGUAUCUGUUGUUGCUGUUGAUCCUGAGGAUCGGGCGCUCAGUACCAUUUCGUUGCAUAGCUUCUCUUCUGAGUUCAAACGUGACGGUUUCACUCACCAUUGUCACGAACCGAUCGUUAGGACUGAUCCGGCAAGUAGGUGUGGGGCUGUUGUCGUUUACGACAGGGUGCUUGGGAUCCUUCCCUUCGACGGCGAUUUUAUAAAUAGCUUCUCGAUCCCGCUAUCUGAAAUCGACCAUCGCCUUGAAAACAUUGUUGACAUUAUCUUUCUUGAUGGUUAUUAUGAGCCUACGUUGUUGUUUUUAUACGAACCUCAUCAAACAACGGCAGGAAGAGCGUCUGUGCGAUAUGAUACUAUGCAUCUGCUAGGAGUUUCUGUGAAUGUAUUUGAUGAGCAAGUUGCGAUUGUCUGGCAAGUUGGAAGUCUACCCAUGGAUUGCAAUAGGUUAGUUGCCAUUCCGAAGCCAAUGGGAGGUGUUCUUGUAGUCGGAUCAAAUGAGAUUAUCUAUUUGAAUCAGUCCGUUCCUCCUUGUGGAAUCAGUCUGAACAGCUGUUACGACAAUUUCACUAAGUUCCCUUUGAAGGACAUGAAACACAUGUCUAUGACAUUAGACGCUGGUGCGGCAGAGUGGAUUGGUGAUAAUCAUGUAGCAUUAGGCACAAUGGAUGGAAGAUUGUUCGUACUUACUUUGAUCACUGAUUCUUCGGAAACUGUUCGAUCAUUGGAGUUAGAACACGUUUUCGAUACGUCCAUUGCAUACUGCAUGAGUCUUUGUACACCUGGUCGACUUUUUAUUGGUUCACGUCUUGGUGAUUCUCAGCUCUUGGAAUUCUUCGUGGUAAAGCAAGAUAAAGUGGAAGAAGGUCCGCCAGAACCUAAAAAAUGUCGAAUUGAGAAUAUAGAGGCAGAUGACGACGAUCUUGAGCUGUAUGGGGAGCAAAUCAUUGAGCAAGUGGUCACCGUUGAGUCUAAAGUGAAGGAAAAGCUAGUAUUUCGUGAACUUGAUCGCUUAACUAAUAUUGGUCCAGUGAAGGCGAUCACAGCUGGGAAUGCUCAUGGAAUCAGUCCAAUUCUUCUGGAGCAGGAAAGAACUGAUCCAAUUUUUGACAUUGUGACCGCCUCAGGGCAUACAGUUAACGGCUCUCUUUGCGUGCUUCAAAGAACUGUUCGACCAGAUGUCAUUACAAGCAGCUUUUUACAAGAUGCACAGCAGCUGUGGGCAGUUGGUAGAAGAGAAGACGACUCACAUAAAUAUCUUAUCGUCUCUAGGACUCGUUCCUCGUUAAUUCUUGAACUAGGCGAAGACAUGGUCGAGUUAGAAGAACCACUUUUUCUUUCUGAUGAACCUACAGUAGCUGCUGGAGAACUCGCAGAUGGAGGUCUCGCCGUGCAGGUAACAUCUCUUCGUGUGGCUCUGGUCGCUGAAGAGAAACAGCUACAACAAAUAGACUUGGACUCCAAUUUCCCUGUCGUUGCUGCUUCCAUAGUUGACCCCUAUGUUGCGCUGCUCACUCAAAAUGGACGACUGAUGCUGUUCCACCUUGUGAUGAAUCCGAACGUGCAUCUCAGGGAAGUCGAUAUAUCAAAUAGCGCCUUCGCGGAAAAGACUAUUCACCAUCGUGCUCCUCUUACUGCAUUGUCGAUAUAUCGAGAUAUGAGUGGUCUAAUGGUUUGUUCUCAAGAUGCCGACGUUGACGCUCUUGUAGACGGAAGGAAGUUCAGCAGACCUAAAAAGAGAGCGUCUGUACGUCGGAGUGUUGUGGAUUCCGUUGAACUUGAUUUAUACGGCGAAGAAGCGGUAGCUCCGGCUAGCGCCAUUGUUGAUGAAGACGAACUACUUUAUGGUGAAAGUGGAGUAGACAAAAAAGAUGAGGGUUUUCGAAAAAGGAGAAGAAUGGCUGAGAUAACCAGUGUUACAACUGGGUGUGAGGAAUCGGACGCGAUCGAUCCUAACACUGUGGAGCCCACUUAUUGGCUUAUUUUGGCUCGAGAUAGCGGUAAGAUUGUGGUCCAUUCCUUGCCGGAUAUGUCAAUAGUAUACCAGUUCCUAAAAUUUGGGUUGAUGCCGGAAAUCAUAACUGAUCUCAUGCCGGAGGAGGAAGAGAAAGACAAGAAGGAGCAAGAAGCUCGAGCGGAACAGUUUGAGAACUCUUCGAUCCAAUUUCGUCCUAACGAAAGAGUUGUUGAGCUACAGAUUGUUGGUUUGGGCAUAAAUCAGGGACAUCCAAUAUUGAUGGCGGUCAUUGACGAUCAAGUUAUAGCGUAUGAAAUGUACAAAUGGAGGAACCCAUUGCGAGAACACUUAGCAAUUGGUUUCCGUCGUCUUGCCAUGACUGUAACGAUUAGAUCUACACCAUUUAUGGGGCAUGAUGGACGAAGAGCGGAGGUAGAAGUUGGCAGAGAAAUUGAGCAGCACCGUGUCAUAAUUCACCCUUUCGAACGUGUUUGUGGAAUAGUGAACGGUGUUAUGCUUUCGGGUGCAUUUCCAUGCUUGGUGCUGGUGGGGGCAUGGGGUGGGCUCCAAUGUCACCCUUUAACGGUUGACGGUCCCCUAUCGGCAUUUACACCAUUCAACAAUCAGAACGUUCCGAACGGCUUCCUUUAUAUUGCCAGGAAUCUGCAGGAGCUGCGUAUCGCAAGACUGCAGAUGGAUUUUGACUAUGAAUUACCUUACCCGUGCAAGAAAGUUCCUGUUGGUGCAACGGUACAUCAUGUUCGGUACAUGAUGAGUAGUCAAGUCUAUGCCGUGACGACAUCUGUUCCAAUGAAGAGCAACAAGAUAUGGGUUGUGGUAAACGAUGACAAACAAGUUGAAACGCACGAGAAAAACAAAAACUUUGUUCUCCCUUCCAUCCCUCAAUACACGCUUAACUUGUAUUCUCCAAUGGACUGGAAACCGGUGCCCAAUACCGAUAUCAAAUUCGAGGAAAUGGAAGUGGUGACAGCGUGUGAAGAGGUCACCUUACGCUCUGAAUCUACUAUCAGUGGUAUGCAACCGUAUCUGUCGGUUGGGACAAUCAACAAUUAUGGUGAAGAGGUACUUGUAAGAGGUCGAAUCAUACUUGCGGAAAUCAUAGACGUUGUGCCGGAACCAGGAAAACCAACAUCAAAACACAAAAUCAAAGUGGUUUACGAUAAAGAACAAAAAGGUCCGGUUACAGCUUUGGCAUCUAUCAAUGGUCUCCUCCUUAGCGGAAUGGCUCAAAAAGUAUUUAUAUGGGGUUUCCGGGACAAUGAUCUGCAGGGUAUUUCUUUCCUGGAUAUGCAUUAUUAUGUGCAUUCUUUGGUUUCUAUGCGCAACCUCGCUAUCGCCUGUGAUAUGCAUGAUUCUAUGUCACUUAUUCGUUUUCAAGAACAGUUCAAAGCUCUAUCAGUCGCAUCACGAGACGACCGACCUGAUGUGCCUUCUCCUAUGGCUGCGCAGUUCCUCGUGGAUAAUAAUCAUUUGGCGUUUUUAAUGUCGGACGAAGCUGGGAACAUUUGCUUGUUCAACUAUAUGCCAGAAACGCAGGAGUCCAACGGUGGAGAAAAGCUCAUACUUCGUGGUAUCCUAAACGUCGGCACAAAUGUGAACGCAUGGCUUAGAGUUAAAGGACACUCAUCCCUAUUUCCUUUGACACCAGCUGAAGCCAAGAUUAUAUCACAGCAGCAAACAUGUAUUUGGGCAUCACUUGACGGUUCUGUCGGUAUUGUCCGACCAAUUUCUGAGAGACAAUUCAGAAGACUACACUUUCUUCAUCAGUGCAUGUCCAACUCUGUCGGACAGCUUGCCGGGUUAAAUCCAAAGGGCGCUCGAGGCGGGAAACCGAUUCGACCGUUGAUUAAUGCGACAAACACCAAAAAUAUGGUAGAUGGGGAACUGGUUGAACAAUUCAUGCAUCUGUCAACAUCCCGAAAACAAGAUUUAGCGAGGAGUCUCGGUGCAAGCAGGUACCACAUUAUGGACGACCUUGUUCAAAUACAACGACUCUCCACUUUCUAUUGA